UCACAGAGCAGUCGGUUUCUCCAGCAGCAGCAGCUUCAUUUUCUCCGGAUCUUUUGUUAAAAUGGAGGCUGUUGUGCUGCAGUAAAUGGACAGGAUGAUUGUAGACGCUCCCAAUUCUAACGGGCCGUACCCGCCUGUGGCUCUAGUGCACUUCAGAGAUGUGGCUCCAGCAGAUCAGGAGAAACUCUUCGUGCAGAAGUUGCGUCAGUGUUGCGUUCUCUUUGAUUUCCUGUCGGAUCCUCUUAGUGACCUGAAAUGGAAGGAGGUGAAACGAGCGGCGCUCAGUGAGAUGGUCGAAUUCAUCACUCACAAUCGCAACGUCAUCACCGAGCCCAUUUACCCCGAGGUGGUGCACAUGUUUGCGGUGAACAUGUUCAGGUCGCUGCCGCCGUCGACAAACCCCACAGGAGCAGAAUUUGACCCGGAGGAAGAUGAACCGACUCUUGAAGCAGCGUGGCCUCAUCUACAGUUGGUGUACGAGUUUUUCUUGAGGUUUUUAGAGUCGCCCGACUUCACCCCAAAUGUUGCAAAGAAGUACAUUGACCAAAAAUUUGUGAUGCAGCUGCUGGAGUUGUUUGACAGUGAAGAUCCUCGAGAAAGAGACUUUCUGAAAACAACACUGCACAGAAUAUACGGGAAGUUUCUUGGCCUGCGCGCUUAUAUUAGAAAACAAAUUAAUAACAUAUUUUAUAGGUUUAUUUAUGAGACGGAGCAUCAUAAUGGAAUCGCUGAGUUAUUAGAGAUUCUCGGCAGUAUCAUCAAUGGUUUUGCUUUACCUUUGAAAGAAGAGCACAAGAUUUUCUUACUCAAGGUGUUAUUGCCGCUUCAUAAAGUGAAAUCUCUGAGCGUUUAUCAUCCACAGUUGGCGUAUUGUGUUGUUCAGUUCUUGGAGAAGGACAGCACGCUCACAGAACCAGUGGUGAUGGCUCUUCUCAAGUACUGGCCAAAGACUCACAGUCCAAAGGAAGUGAUGUUCCUCAAUGAACUGGAGGAGAUCCUGGACGUCAUCGAACCGUCAGAGUUUGUGAAGGUGAUGGAGCCGCUCUUCAGACAGUUGGCCAAGUGUGUCUCCAGUCCACACUUUCAGGUGGCGGAACGAGCGCUUUAUUACUGGAAUAAUGAAUAUAUAAUGAGCCUCAUCAGUGAUAACGCAGCCAAGAUUUUACCAAUCAUGUUCCCGGCGCUGUACCGAAACUCCAAAAGCCACUGGAACAAGACGAUUCACGGUUUGAUCUAUAACGCACUGAAGCUCUUCAUGGAGAUGAAUCAGAAGCUGUUUGAUGACUGCACACAACAGUUCAGAGCUGAGAAGAACAAAGAGAAGGCAAAGUUAAAAGAGCGAGAGGAGGCCUGGAUGAAAAUAGAGAAGCUGGCGAAAUCAAACCCGCAGUACGGUUUAUGUGUUGAUCCAUGCGGACUAAACAGUCCUGUAGACAUGGACACUGAUGCACCCUUUAUAGAAGAUGUUCAGAUGUUAAAAAAGACAGUACAGGAGAGAGCCGUUCAGAUCCAGAGAGAUCAUAGGAUGGAUCGGCCGCUGGUCAGGCGUAAAUCAGAUCUGCCUCAGGACUCGUUCACCACUAAAGCCUUGGAGUCGCACCGGCGCGCUGAAGAAAUGCUGACCAACCAUGACGGACACUAACUAGCUAACUAACUAACAAACUAACUCACACGUCAUGCUGUAGAUGCAGCACCAUCAAAGUCUCGUGUUUAUUUGAGAUCUUCUGCAUCUCCAGUGUUUGUUCUGACACGUCACUCUGAAUUAAUCCAGCGGCAGAAAAUAAAGCGCGAACAGAGACAGGUGGCAAAAGUUCAUGUUUUUCUUCUGUGUAGUUUAUAAACCUUUUAUUUUCAGAGACGCGAGGACUGUCACCAGUGCCAAUACUGUCAUGUUUAUUAACUUCCUGUUUCAGUAGUUUAAUUCAUAUGUUUUCUGCUCAUGUGGUGUUUUAGAAUAACGUGUUAAAUCUGUGUGAAUACUGCAGACCCUGAACUAUCAUGACUUUGACUUUAGUACUCUGAAAUGAGUUCAUACACUUCAUGAACGCUUGAUAUUUCAGUUUCAGUCUUUAAUCGAUGACUUCUGCUAAUAUCUACCACUCAUGUUUUCACAAUAUACACACGGUAAAUGUCUCUGCCUGGAGUGUGUGUGUGUGCGUGAGAGUGUGUGUGCGUGAGAGAGUGUGUGUGCGUGAGAGAGUGUGUGUGCGUGAGAGAGUGUGUGUGCGUGAGAGAGUGUGUGUGCGUGAGAGAGUGUGUGUGCGUGAGAGAGUGUGUGUGCGUGAGAGAGUGUGUGUGUGUGUGUGUGUGUGUGUGUGAGAGAGUGUGUGUGUGAGAGAGUGUGUGUGUGUGUGUGUGUGUGAGAGAGUGUGUGUGUUUGAGAGAGUGUGUGUGAGUGAGAGUGUGUGUGUGUUGGUUUGUGAGUGAGUGUGUCUGAGAGUGAGUGUGUGAGUGAGAGUGUGUGUGUGUGAGUGAGAGUGUGUGUGUGUUGGUUUGUGAGUGAGUGAGAGUGUGUGUGUUGGUUUGUGUGUGUGUGAGUGAGAGUGUUUGUGUGAGUGAGAGUGUGUGUGAGUGAGAGUGUGUGUGUGUGAGUGAGAGUGUGUGUGUGUUGGUUUGUGAGUGAGUGAGAGUGUGUGUGUUGGUUUGUGUGUGUUGGUUUGUGUGUGUGUGAGUGAGAGUGUUUGUGUGUGUGUGUGUCUAGUUUCUGUCAUCAGCUGAUUCUGCUGAACAUUUCUGAAGAAGAAUGUUCAUCUCAUGUGUAAUUCUGUUCAUCAGCGAAUCAUCUGAGAUGCAGCUAGUCAUUAUGAUUCUGCACUUCGUUAGUGAGAAACACUUCAGUCUUUCCAGAACGAUCUCAGUGCCUUUACAGCUGAUUCUGUGAUGAGAGUCGUUUAAGUGAUUCACUAAUAAUGAUUCACUGGAGUGUUCAGAUGAAUUCAGAUGAUAUAGGCACAUCGACAGAGAAACACACAGCAGUGUGAAAUCGACACAUCGAUUGUUUUUCAUUUCAUUCUGGAUAAUUAUUGAGUUUAUAAAACUACCUAAAGCACUUCCUGAAAACUUGAAAACUCCAAAACGUUUUUCAUUGUGUGUGUGUCUAUAGCAUGCUUAUAGAUCCGUUUAUAAACAGCUUCUCUUUUCUAUACCGUUGUUUGAAUUUCUGUAUGUAUUACUGCCUGUCAAUUAUUUUAUUUGUUUCCUUUAAUCUGUCAAAUAAAUUCAUGCAGUAUGUGAGUAUAUAAAUGUUGUUGUAUAAAAUACCCAUCUCCACUUCCUUUUCCAAACACACUCACACACACACACACACACAUAAAAUACACACACACACACGUCAUGUGAAUUUCAGCGAUCGGCCCUUUUUUUUAAUUUUUUUUAAUUUAUUGUGUGUUGCUGAUGAAACACAAAACAUUAGAAUCAAUAUUAAAUUCUGUCUGGAUUCGUCUAAAGAAAUAUUUUUUCUUUGAUUCUGUAGUAAAUGUGUGUGUGUGUGAGUGUGUGUGUGUACAAAAUACUAUAUAAAGUCAUGUUAAAAGUUUAAAGGUAACUUACAAAAAUAUCAAACCAUUGUUUUGGUCAGCAGAAAUUGUAAUUAAUAAAUUGUGAAAAUUACAACAUGUAAAAUACAAGUGCCAACUUGCCCCAACCUGACAUUUAUGAAAAAUACUCUUGUCCAGUUCAAUCUUUCAGUUAAAAUCUACCUUCUUUAUAUAGUUGACUCUUAAAGUAUGCCGAUGUGGUUUUACUUAUUACAAAAAUGUGAUGACAUUGGAGUUUUAGUUUGGAAAAUAGAUUCUCAAAAAUGAUUCAAAUUUCAAAGAGGUGUUUUGACUCAAAACCUGAUCUGCCAAUCAACCUGAAGUUACUCUUAAUGAUAAUGUUUUCUAGAUGUUAUAUAGUUCAUGUAUACAGUUUACUUAUCAUUUCUUCUAAUAGUACAUCUCAUUAUUUUUACACGAGUAAUCAGUUAUUUUUCUACAUUUUGCACCACUAGAGGACUCUGUGUGCUCUCGUGAUGUUUGUGUGCUGCUGAAAUGACUGAUGUUUUUUUUACAAACACAGUAUGAGCUGGUAAAACAGGCUUUUAUCUUAUACCUGCCUGAUGGAUUACUCCCGGUGUGCAACAGGGACUUAAUAAAUCAGGACAGUAUGUCAGCUGUUGCUUUCACAGACUCUUUCAAACUCGAGUCGACAUCAAUCUAUAAUCACUGGAACUCACAGAUGAGUGAUGGUGAAUCAGCAUUACAUUUACGUGAAAGUUCAUUAAAAAUGAAAAUUCGAUUAUAAUUUUGUUCCAAACCCAUAUGACUGUCUUCUGUGGAAGAUGUUUACCAGAAUGUUCAUGCUGAUGAUCUCCAUAAUCCAUUUGAACUGUGCGCUUUAUUCCAAAAUGAAUGAAUUUAUUUUACAGCUUAGUGUGAGGAACAGACACAAGUCAUUAUUAAGUGUUGGGCAUUAUAUUAUUGUGUUAUUCCUAAAAAAGUAAUUAUGUUACACUGUAACUUUUUAUGAUAAGUGAUGUGUUAGUUUAACAACUGUUUAAAAAUGUUUAUGAUUUACUACUUUAAUCUACUUUAACCCUUUAAGCAUGAGGUGUUUUUAAAGAUUUUCUGUUUCAGUGGCAUACCCAAAAUUAAAGGCUCAUAACUCGACAAAAAAACAAGGAGGAUCAAGUGUUUGAUAUCACUGUAAAGAAAACUUUUCACUUUUUUUUAAUGACAUAGAUAAAAGUUGAGCCAAAAAUGUACUGAUUUGACAUUAUAAAUCUCUGGGUGUAAAUAAGGUGACUUCUGAAAAACUGCUUUUGUUUUGUUCCCAAUCAUGUCAACUGUAUCUGAGAAAAGUUAUAACAUCACAAAAAUAAUUUAUCAUAGUGUCCAAAAGCCUCUCCAAACAAAUAAAACAUAAUAAUUGUACAUAAGAACUAAUUACACAUGCAAACACAACAAUGACUAAAGGUUUGCAUAGCAUGCAGACAUGAUUUUAGUAAUGAGAUUUCACAGAAUGAGUUUCAUUCUGUGUCAUUUGAGUCAUCAUUGAGUCUGUGUCAUGUAUUUGGCGCCAUCUCCUGGUGGACAUAUGUAACAUUGUGCUUCAUGUGGAUUAUCUAAUGAUCUAUACAUCUGAUUAUCUUGUGUGUGGACUCCUUUGAAAUAUAACCACCUCCUCUAAGUAAUGGUUUGUGAUAUUUUAUAUUUGUUUAUUUUUCUGAAGUUAUAAGUGAAAACGCGGCAUAUAAGCAACACAAACAUAAUUAUCAAAGACAUAUACUUAGCUAUUACUCGCUAUAUUUAUGCCUGUGAGUAAAACAAAUAGGCUGAUUGUAUUCUACUCUUUGAGAGCUUUUCAACAACAUAUGACACAUGGACAUUUGAUGAGUCUGAUGUUUGUACUGAUUACAAUAAUAUGUACAGUGCAAUUUAAAAAAAAAUUAUCAAAAAAGAACACUUCUGAUUUAUAUAAGCACUUGUUCAGUUUUGGGCAUAAUGUCUACAUGCAUUGGAAAGUAAAGCUUCUAAGCUUUCAAACGAUACCUAUUGUGUGUUGGUCAAGACUGUAGUUAUUAAUUUUUUCUUUCUCGCAUAUGAGCUUAAAGGGUUAAACCUCUAAUCAAUUCCAUCAAGUUAAAAGGUCACAAUGUUAAAUCAAACAUGUUUGAAAAAUCAAUGGAAGACAAUCUUUCACAUCCUGGAACGAAAAGAGUACAAACAUGGUAAAACAUUAUACAGAUGAUAAAUGAGCAAAUGAGUAAAAGAUUAAAGCCAGAGAUAAUUGACAGUCUGAUGGUGUGAUACUCGAUAACAGAUAAUGAGUUACAGUAUGAUUGUGUCUGAAUGUAGGAAAUGAAGCAAGUGAGCAGAUCACACAGCGUUUGUUUGAAUGUUUUUCUGUGACCCAGUAACAGGGGAAGACUUGGGUUAGUUACCCAUGAUCCCUCUCAUUCCUCCUCACAGUGGUCUAACAUCGGAUCCUGUGAGAUUCACAUGCUGCUGCGGUCUGGAAGUGUGUCACGGAGAUGAAACUGAUGAUCUUAGAUCAUUAAAACAUUUGUCCCAUUUAAAAGUUAAAAGACAAUCAGAAUGUUUAUUUCUGUGUGAUGUGAAGUGAACAAAUGUCACUGUAGAAAUCACAUUGGUUGCUGAGGUCACAUAUGUAAUGGUCCUUUGUGGUCCUUAAAAAAGUAAAGGUGCUUCCAAGGGUUUUUGGCCACACCCUAGGUUUAUGUGAAAUGCUUCCACUGCCAUCAAUGUUUUCAAUUCUCUGUUCAUCAUAUUCUUUAUACUGGAUCAGUAUGGCUUUUCAAGCAGCAAUGCUUCAUUUUUACAAGAGUCUCGGUGUGCACCGAUCUUUAUGUUUGGUGUGAGAAAGAUUGUGUUGUAGCAUGGCGGCCGUGUCACGCGGGUGUGUCGUGUUCAGGUUCACAUUGCUCAUCUAUUUAAAACAGAGUUUUUGCAUGCCUGAGUAUUCUCCUGCAUUGGGGAAUCAGUUUCAAUAUGCAUGCACUUUGUUUUCAGUGUUUGUGUUCUGAUUAUCUCCAUGAUUUACUUCAUAUGUCUACAUUCACUGUUCUCUCUUAAAGGGGAAGUAUCAUCUGUUGCUGUGUGCCUUCUGACACCUAGUAGUGUUUUUUUUUUUGCAAUGUCAUUACUGAAUCACAGUCAAAUAACAGAGCAGUAUGCCUGGGUCUUUAUCAAAUAGUCAAGAAACCCCAUUUAAAGACAUCUUCAAUACCUCUCCUUUAUUAAAUAAUUUGUAUGUUUUGACUGUAUAUCUUUCACGUUUUAGAUAAUAUAUUGAAUUGUCAUUUGCCUGAAAAUCCCUUGUCCUCUUCAUCGGGUACACCAGUUCUAUUACAUUUACAGUUAUUUAUGUGUUUCUUUUCUUUUCUUUUUUCAGGUGAGUGCUAUACUGUAUGUGCUAGGCCUAUCAAGUGUGCAAACCCAAUAAUUUUCACAUGGUUCAUUAUAUAUGUCAUUGGUGGUUAUUGCUAAUGUUCAUGUAAAGAUUACAUUUUUUGCAAAUAAUUAUUCAAUGGUAUGAUUUGUGGAUUGGAUUUAUUAGUUGUGGUGCUUUUGACACCAUCUGGUAUUUCUUUUAGAGAAUUUUUCAUUGGUGUUCAUCACUGGUGUUUCAACAAAAUUUACCCUCAGCUCUGAACGAAAACUGAACUAAAUUGUGUUUUCCAAUAUUUCAAGUUGGGAAGUCAUCUUCUUGAGUGACCUGCCUAAUUUGCUCGAUACAUCAAAUAAAUAUAAUUAACAGGGCUGUUUUACAUUAUUCCCAAAUAUGUAAAUGUAUUUUGUUUAAUUAAAGUUCUCUGCCAACA